AUGUCCACUGAGCCCCUGUGCAACAUUGCCCUUGCCAGUCUCUCCGAAAACAUGACCAAUCUUCCUCCUCCUCUCCCUCCUCAAGUCAACAACUUUCUUCUCCCUCAGCCCACCCUCUCCAACGCCCAGUACCGAAGAUACAAAGACAAUGAAGCUCUUGCCCUCGGGGAGUUUACAUUCAAUGUAACUGCCCUGGCUGUCCUGCUUUCUCAUUCUGCCUCUGGUCAGCCCGAGCCCGCCCUCUCUGGAAUCUUCAGAUGUCCCAGGGCUCGGGGAGACCAGAUGGAGGACAGGAUGAGGACUUCAGGGCCAGGAAAGGGGGCGAUCUCCACGGACAGAGAAAGCCAGGGCAUGGACAUGCUCAAAGACAUUGCCAUCCAGUGGUUUAUGGAGACCCAGGCACCCCUCAUAUUGCAAAAUGGCACUUUACCCGAGUGGUUCCAUGGAUUCAUCACAAGAAAACAAGCGGAAGAACUACUUAGAGACAAACCCCUUGGCUGCUUUCUCAUCAGGCUGAGUGACAAGGCCAUGGGCUACAUCCUUUCCUACAGAGGAUAUAACCGUUGCCGCCACUUUGUGAUCAGCCAGCUUCAGAACCGGAGGUACCUCAUCUCUGGGGACACCUGCAACCACGCCACACUCACCGACCUCAUCAACUAUUACCAGGGAGCAAAGAUAGAACCCUUUGGGGAGACCCUCACCACCGCCUGCCCUCGGCUCCAGGAGAACAGCUUGUAUGACGCCAUAUCCCUGAACCUCCUGCUGCUCCAAGAAGAAGCGCCUCCUCUGCCUGAGAGAAGUUCUUCCCUUCUGACGGAAUCCUUCAGUGACAGGCACUUGGGAAACAUCGUAUAUGCAGAGCUGAAGAAAAUGAAUCACAACCAGCAGAGCCUGAGCAUGGAGGCAGCAGGAAUUUCCCAUCAGACCCCUUCCCCUGGCAGAGAGCACCAGAGAAAGCCCAGCAGUCUAAGUGGAGGAGAGCCGGCUCCAAAAAUCAGGGAUGCUCCCCUCCCUCCUUCCCCAAAAGCUACCAAGCUCCUGGAGAUGAACUUGGAUCCCAAUAAGAAAUCUCCCACUGUUCCCCAUCGCCAUGCACUGGAGCCCAACUCCCCUGUGCCCAUCUUGACCUCUCUUGGAGACAGGUCUGCCAUGGCAAGCUCCCCACCUCAUCAGGCUUCUCCCAAGGCUCGGUGCUCCCCUGAAUCCAAAGAGAGCGCCCAGGGAUUUGCCAUCCAUACUGUUCCUCAGUCCUUGAGAGACUCAUGGCCCAAUAAGCCCAGGGAACCCAGCUCUCCAAAUACCCACGAACUCCUGCCCAAGGGGAACAGCUCCUAUUCUCGGGAAGAUCAGACUGCGGCCUCAGAGACCCAUGGCUACGAGCCUAUCCCCGCUAGGCUGCCCAAGCCAGCCUUUCUCCCACUUAGAGCAACCUAUAAUCAGCCGGAGGGCCCCGGAGGCUGGGUGGUUAAUGCUUAUGAGAAGAUUCCAGGAAGUCACACAGAGGCCACGUCUUUUUUGCCAAGUAACCCCUAUGAGCAGAUCCCCUUGAAAGUCCAGGAGACCAAGCAGUCACAUAAGGUACAUAAGGUUGAAAAACACAAGAGGUUCUUCUUCAUGGACCGGAAGAAUAAGCAGUGA